AUGCAGCAGCCAGGGCGCGAGGUACAGGAGAUAUUCCAACAACAGGGCGCGCGCAGGCAGACCGAGCUGGAGUCCUUUCUCUAUCGCCACCUCAUCGAGCUGGCGGGGGCGCCGCCGCUCGCGGUGGUGGCGCUGCACAGGCUGGCCGCGCUGUCCCGCCCCGCGGGAGCCUCGGGGACGGCGUUGCCCCCGAAGCAGUGGGCGCAGCUGCUCUGGGCCCUGGCGCGGCUGUCGCGGCCGCUGCCGCCAGGGGCCGUUGCUGCCGCCGCCGCUCGGGCGCCGCAGCUGGUGCCCCAGAAUGUCGCCAACGUGCUCUGGGCCUUCGCGACGGCUCGCGUGGGCAGCGAGGGGGCCGCGCCCCUCGCCGCCGAGGAGGCUCUGCGCAGGGGUUGGGAGGGAUUCGGCACGCAGUCGAUCAGCAACGUGCUGUGGGCCGUGGGCGCGCGCGGCCCCUGCGCGGCGCCCUGGAUGGAGGCCCUGGGUCAGGGGCUGGCUGGCGGUCGGCACGGCCGCGCUGUCGCGGGUGGCCACCGGUGGGAGGAGUUCGGGACCCACGAGCUCUGCAGCAUUGUCUGGGCGUUCGCCACAGCAGCAGUCGACGGAGCGCCACUAUUGGCGCCCAUCGUGCGCGAGCUGCCCCGGCGCCAGCUGGGCAGCUUCCAUGCCCAGGAGGUCGCGGGCCUGCUUUGGGCGCUGUCGGCGCUGCGCCAGAGCGCUUGGCAAGCACUGGAGGCCGCGGGCGUGCAGCGCGCGCCCGAGCUCGCGCCCCAGAGCCUCGCCAGUAUCGCCUGGGCGGCGGCGACGGCCAGAGCCUCUGCGGCGCCAGGGGGCACCGCGGGACCGCUGCUGCAGGCGGUCUCCGCCGAAGCGGUGCGGAGGGGGAUGGCGGAGUGGACCGUGCGGAGCGUGGUCAACACGGUCUGGGCCGUGGCCGCGGCCUCCGCACGCGACGUGCCUGGGCUCGUGGGCGCCGCUCUCGAGGCGUUGCGGGCCGCCCGAGAGGACGAGCUGUGGACUGCGAGGCACAUACCCAGCGUGGCUUGGGCCUUGGCAGUGUUGCCCGCGCGGGACGCCGAGCUCCUGGUCACCUGUGGGGAGGCGGCCAUGGUGCGGGCUCCGGAGCUGCAGCUGCGGGGGCUGGCCAACGUCGCGUGGUCGCGCGCGGCGCUGAGGCUGCCAGACGAGGCCCUCGCGCGCGCGCUGGCACGCAGCGCCCUCGGUCGGCUGGCGGCGGAGCUGCCAGCUGCGCUGGCUGCUGCGGAGGUGCCUGGCGCGGCGCCGAUUCUGGCGGUGUCCCUCGCUGAGAUCACGUGGUCCUUCUGCACCCUGCGCUUCGAUUUCGGCGUCCCAGGGGCUGCUCGCGAGGCGCUGUUGGCGCUCGGCCAGCGCAUGGACGCGGCGGCCGCGCCGGUGUGCGGCCCGGCGCUCGCACUCGGUAGCCCCGCAGAGUGGCCUCUGGGCGCGGGAAGUGAGCCCAAGGUGGUGCGGCAGGGGCCUGGCUGGUGCGUGCUGCUGAAGCCGCCCGGCUGGGAGGUCGACACCAGCGAGACGGACCGCGCCCUGACGCUGCGGCGCGGGCGGCGGCCGCUCUCCGCCUUCCUCCGCAGAGUCUCCGGGGCCGCACCUCUGAGCGGCCGGCGGGACCUGGACUUCGGCUUCCUGCACCGCCUGGACACGCCCUCCUCAGGCCUCAUCGUCGCAGCGCUGUCGUUCGAGGCCCUGUUUCAUCUCCGCUGGGUGGUCGCCACUCACGGGAUGUCGCGGGACUACCUGGUGCUCUGCCACGGUGCUGUGGCUGACCCGGGACUCCGCUUGGAUUUCCCGGUGCGCGUGGACGGCGCCGGGCCCAGCGUGGUGGCUGACGACGGGCAGCCAGCCCUCACCCACGUUCGCCUGCUCGGCCAUUUCGGCCCGCCAGUCGCGCUGGCAGACGGGCCCAGCUUAGCCUCGUACUCGCUGUGCGUCUGCUCGAUCGAGACAGGGCGCCGCCACCAGAUACGGGCGCACAUGACCCACGCGGGCCAUCCCCUGGUCUGCGACGGGCGCUACGCGCUGGAGCGGCUGCACGAGGACCAGCGCUUCCUGCACCGCUUCCGCCUGCACUGGGACGCCGCGGGCACCGUCGAGGGCCCGCUGCCGCGCGACCUGCGCGCCGCGCUGGCGGCGCUGAGGCCCGCGGACGCACGGGCCGCGGCGGCGGUUCGUGGCAUCCUGAGCGGCGCGCUGCCGCGCGGCGCCGGCCCCGCGGGAUGCGGCGCGCUGGGCGGGGAGCCUCAUUUGCGGCGGAGCGCCGCCGCACGCAACGACAACGUCCAGCUCCUGUUCGAGUUGUUGGUGGUCGAGUUCCUCAGCUCAGAGCAAGUGGUCGAGGUCGUCUGGAGGGCCAGGAGCGACAUGCAGGGCGGACGUCGAGCGGGUGUCGACCGAGAGCGCGCAGCAGAAGCCGGACUUCGCCAGCGUGAGGGCAGCGCGUUCGCGACAUGA